AUGGCUGAACAAAACACUGGUUACAAGGAUGAGCGAUUUCACCAGACUCUUAGCUCCAGUUUCCACUGUUGCAUUUGUACGAACGUUUUCAAAGACCCAGUCAUGUGUGCUGAAAACGAGCACAUUUUCUGUCGUGGUUGUAUCACAAGACAUCUCACAAAUUCCCAGAAAUGCCCGACGUGUAUGGAGCCCCUCACAGUCAAAACACUCACUCCAGCCCCACGCAGCGUCAGAAACCUUCUCUCGGAGCUGAUGAUUCAAUGCGAGUUCUUUGACCGCGGCUGUGGCAAGGUUGUCGAGUUGGGAGAUCUUGAAAGCCACACGAAAGAUUGCGGAUUUGCCCCGGUGGUCUGUACCAACGAGGGAUGUAAUGUUGAGGUGAACAAGCAAGAUUUGUUCCAUCACGAAACGUCGGUGUGCGAGCUUCGCAAAGUUAAAUGCCACAGUUGUGAAGAAACAAGACAAGACAUGGCCAAAGUGAAAGCUGAAUUGGCAGCAAUGAAGGUCACCUUGUCGGGGAUCAAUAAGAAGUUGGACAGAAACGAGAGCAAAGUGGCGAGGGUUUUGAAAAGUCUGGAGGCCUUUGAACGAGCUCAAGAGGACAUCGUGAAAAUGAAGAAAAGUUUAACUGAAAUUACAGAGUUGCUCAUAACACGACAAGGUCAUGCUGAAUCCUUCCCGCAUCACAUGUCCAUGCCGUUUGGAAAUUCCUUAUCGCAACCGCCAUUUAGUUUUCAUUAACAAAAACAAAACACCAACAAUUACACGCAAUGGACGAUAAACGACCAUUCUGA